GAAAAUGUGGAAUGAUUCCGGAGUCAUUCCAAUGCCGGAGUGGCAACACCGCAACACUGCAGCCAAUCGCAGCAGGCCGCGCCCGAUUGCUCCCGCUCGGAUGUUCGCGCUUCGGCUGGUGACGCUGGACUACUACCUGGCUGCGCCGUCGGCCCCCCUGGACCCACUCGUCUCCAAGCUGGGCGGCUGGGAAGUUUGGCAGGUGCCCGUGUUGCGGAUCUUCGGUGUGACGCCAGCAGGCCAGAAAGCAUGUCUCCACGUUCAUGGGGCCCUGCCGUACUUGACAGUGCCAUGCUCAGAGCCACGGCCCGAGCGUUUUGCUGUUGUGCUUGCCUCUGAGAUCGACCUGCUGCUCAACACGGCUGCUGGACGGGCCACCAGCAUGCACCGGCAUGUCCACCAUGUGGCUGUCUUUCGUGGGACGCGCCUCUACGGGUUCCACGACAGAGAGGAGACCUUUCUGCGAAUCUACCUCUACAAUCCACUUCAUGUGCCCAAAGUUGCUGAGCUGCUGCUAUCGGGGCAUGUGCUGAAACAGAUUAUGCAACCACACGAGGCCCACAUUCCCUAUGCCUUGCAGUUCAUGGUGGACCACAAUCUCCACGGCAUGAGCUUUGUGCGCGUGGAGCUGUUCAAGUUCCGGCGACCCCUGAGCUGGGCGCAUGACGACAGAAGCAGGGCCCUGGGAAGUGGACCUGGCAUCUGGAGCCUGCGAAACCUGCCCGUGGAGCUGUUUGGAGACUUGGAGAAGCAGACAACGUGCGAGCUGGAGCUGGACUGCUGCGCCAAGGACAUACUCAACGCCAACGAGAAAGAUGUGCUCAGCCCGGGACUGGCAGCUCUGUGGCAAGAAGAAGAAGACCGGCGGCAGGAACCGGUCUCAUGGGAACCCCUUUCGCUAGAGGAAGACAGCUUCCCCCCGACGGAGAGUGAGCAGUUCUACCUGGCCAGGCUUGACAAGCUACUGAGCAGGCCAGUGGUGGAAGAGCAGGACCAAACGGGCUUCGGCAAGCAGCCCAGGAAAAAGCACCAUUCCUCGCUGCUAGACACUUCCCAUGGGAUCUUGGACAGUCAAGACGAGGCACUGGCCGAGGCCCUGGCUCAAGCGGCAUCGAGCUGGCAGCGGAGUGGAGUAGAGGAGGAGGACAGCAUCUUGGGGAGUCUUUCGACACCCGACAAUGUGGUCGAUGACGAGGACGACAACGAUGUCGAGGACAUGACACAGGUGUUUCAGUUGGCAGGCGAAAGGGAACAAGACGAUGCAGAUAGCUCGAUGUCAGACCACUCCGAUGGCAACGAGGCCUACGACCCUUUCCAGCUGGAUGGUGCAGACGACCAGCCAGAUUGUGCAGUUGGGGUGAGGAAGACAGCCGCUACAACCACUCGAGACCAAGGGACGCAGACGGGAGCACGACCACCCGUGCUGGUUCGCCAGUUGCUGGGCAGGGCACGAGCACGACGAUUCACGCGCCUCUCUCUGCGGCGACAGCAGCAGCAGCAGCAGCAACAUUCGCAGAUGCGUAAGCAGGAACGGUCGCCAGCGAAACGCACUGGAGCGGAAGGACCUCAUCGACCGGGUGAAGCUCCAGGCUCGUCUCCUCCGGUUGCUGAGGAUUGGCAGCGCUGGCAGAGCUGUUGCGUAGCAUCCAUGCUGAUGGCGCCAGGCGAAGGCGGCAGCACGCCUUCCGGAGAGAAGCCGAACCAGUCGCCAUCCUUGCCCAUCAGAAGUCACGAAUCAAGCUCCCAUCUGCUGGAUGCUCUUCGACCAUGCUUCAUUCAGCUCUCUCGCCUGACAGAGCAGGAAAUGGUUCGGUGGCGGCAUCAGGAGCAGCCAGAGGGUCGCCGGAGGUGGAGUCUGCGUGAUCUGAACAAGUCCGACCGCAGUGGUGCUGCCCCAGAUGUGUCCAAACCUAAGAGCCAAUGUCGGAAGCGUGGGCUUUCUACAGAAAGCAGUGCCAGUUCACAACAAAGGGCUUCGGCUAGGGGAAGACGUGGUGCCCUAGUGAACUCUGUGUUGCCUCAUUCAGAACAGUUUACAAAUGUGGAAACCCGCUCAGUGGAGCCAGCUCACCGGACUCGUCGUGCUUCUUACAGCUCUGCGUCGGAGGACGGCCAGGUAUUGCACAGGCAUGCGAAGGCCAAGACUAGGAAAGCCAGCAAAAGAGUUAAAGUGGCAGCUGAGUCUUUCUCCAGUGACAGGACAUUAAGAGAGAGAGAGGUGGGCAAGAAAGCCGAUAAAAAUCGUCCUGCGGAAGCUCUGGCUAAUGCCGGAGGCGAUGCAGAGUCUUUGGACUUCUGUGCGGCUGCAGCUACUGCCGAUCUCAGUGCAGAGCUUCGCGUACCAUCUGCCAAGGAACGUGUUCCACAUUCACGCCAAGAAAGAAAGCUAUCAUCAAAGCGUCAGCUCGCUGUUGAAGUAAUUGAAUCAGUACCAGAUUCUGGCACGUCAUCAUCGUCGUCAUCUUCACAUCUCGUAAACAAACCCAGCGAUCCCGAUGCGAGUGUCAGCAGGCCAUCUAUCAUCUGUCGGAUCCGGAUCCAAGGAAAACAUGGAGUGAUCUCUACCACCAGCACUCGACCUCGCGUGGUUGGCUUCGUCAGUCCUGACAAGUCAACAACAGAAAGCUGUGUUGCGGAUCUGGGUAGCCCUCCAACAUUGAGUGUUAGUGAAUCGUCGAGCAGCACCGUUGUUGGAGCCCAGAUGUCAGAUGGGCCUGUGCCUGCUGCCACAUCUUUAAGCCCUGAGGUGACAAAUCAUGGUGAUUCAUUGAAGAUUAAAGUCUCUAAGAGGAAUAAGUCAAGCUCUGCAACGCCUGAAGCAACAGAAACUCAGUUGAGAAGUCCCGAAAGAGUAUACACAUCAACAGAAUCUCUUGCCACACAUUUGAGCCCUGAGGUGGUAGAUCCUGUCGAAGUGUCGAAGUGCAAGGUUUCUAAAAAGAGUCAGUCAAAUAUUGUGACACCAGAAGCAGCUGCUGUGCAGUUGGAGAACUCUGAAGCAGUCCACACAUCAGAUGCUUCAUCACUUGCCACGUCUUCAAACUCUGAGGUGGCAGACUUGGGUAUGGCACUGAGGCGGCCCAAGAGGUCGAAAAAGGGACAGGCAAGCUCUGCCACAACUGAAGAGCCUGCCGUGCAAUCGGAAAGCACCAAAGACAUCUGCGUGGGGCACUCUUUGGAGUCUGCUGCCACUCCUUCAACCUCGGAGCUGGCAGAUUCUGGUACUACUUUGAGGACGAAGCUGUAUAGAAAAAGCAAGUCAAGUGACAUGACCCCGGAAGCACCUGCCGUACAAUUGGAAAACUCCCAAUUGGCUCCCGUGUCAGAUGCAUCAGCAUCCCUUGCCACACAUUUGAGCUCUGAGUUGGUAGAUUCUGGUAUAGUUCUGAGGCACCCCAGGAAAAGCAAGUCGAACACCGUCACACCUGAAGCACCUGCUGCGAAUAUAGAAAGCGCCGAAGCUUCUUGCGCAUCGAACGCUGCGACAGCUGUAGCCACAUCUCUCAGCAUGGAGGUCUCUGACUUUGACGGGGUUGGGCUACCCGAGAGUUCUUGGAAGAGCAAGUUAAGAACUGCAGCAUCUGACACAUGUGAUGGUCAUUUAGAAACCUGCGAAGCAGGCCACGUUCUAAAUACUCACCAGUCAGACCCCACAACUUUAAGCACCGAGGUGACAGAUCAUGGCGCAUCAUUGAGGGUCAAGUUUUCUAGAAGGAGCAGUUCAAGCAAAGGGAAACCUGAAAUACCUAUUGAUAAACCAAAAAGCUCUGAAGCAGCCCACAUGUCAAAUGCUUCUAACCCUGUUGCAAUACCUUUGAGGUCAGACAUGGAAGAUUCUGGUGUGCUGUCGAGGCCAAAGAGAUCUAGAAAGAGCGAAUAUGGCACCGUCACUGCUGAAGCAGCUGGAACAGAUUUGGAAAGUUCUCAAGUAGGCCAUGUGCCAGAUUCUGUAACAUUUUUUUCUGGACCUUCAAGUGCCGAGAGGGCAAACGCUGGUACAGUGUCAAGGUCGAAAAGCUUUAGAAAGAGCAAGUCGAGUAUCACGACAGCUGAGACACUCUUGGAAAGCUCUCAAGCCAACGCGAUGCCAGACGUUGCAACAUCUCGGGCCAUACCCAUGUGUUCCGAGGUGGCAGAUUCUAAUGCAAAGCUUAGGCGUAGGAGUUCUAGGAAAAACAAGUCGAACGUGGUGAUGCUUGAAACACCUAAAACACAUUUGGAAAGUUUCAAAACUAUGCUGAGUGGUGCUCCUCCUACAGCAGCUGAACCAAAAGCCUCCGAAGCAGCAACACGUGGCUUGCCCAGCCGGAGAAACACUCGUUCAGCUAGUGAUGUUGGGCCUAGGAGAACAAGGCUAGCUUCCACCUGCAGUUCUGGUAAAUCAGCCGAAUUUCCUGAACCCGUCUGCAGUGGUCCUGCGAGCAUUGAGAACAUUUACGACGAACAGCUGGUGCCUGUGAUGGGUGGCCAAGACGCAAUCAUAGGAACAUCACAAUCAAGCAGCGAUGUCGAUGCUAUUCAAGAGCCUGAAAAUGUACUAUCGGUUUCGCGACCGGCACGACGUAAAAGAAUUGUGUCGCUGUGCUCCAGUUCGGACAGCCAAGAUGCAGCCAACAUACCAUCAGAUGACAGCACAGCACGCCCUGGAAAUGAACUGCGAGCAACUACUAGGCGUACAAGGCGCCAAGCAGCAGGCACUAAAUUAUCAUUGAGACAUGUUGGUGCCACGCGUUCAAGCAGCGCAGAGUCAGUCACGAGUACCAGCAGUUUUGAGGUGUUGUCCAAGGGACAUACAGAGAUGAGUUUGCCUAAACAGGAAAUAUUAAGCAAACAAGCUAGUGGAGUGGAAGAAAAGAGCUAUUCGAAAGUAGCUGUAAGGCGCAGUCGUGCCAGAGGGAAUAGUGCUAGUGCAUCGUUGAGCUGUAGCACUGAAAGCACGAAUGACGUGGAAUCGGGUACCACUUCUGCUGUGCAGGAAGCUGCUCAAACUGUGAAACCUAAAGAAGUAAGACGCCGCAGCUCACCGAGAAUCUUCGCUAAUAAGUUGGCUCUGAGAAGGAAGGUUCGGGAAGAAGACAAUGAAGGCAAGCUCGGUGCCCUUGAGCUGCAAAACAAUAAGUGCCUUGUCGUUGACGCAUCAGACAGCUCACCAGCCUUGGAUGUUGGUGUUGCCUCUAAAGCCACCACUGGGGCGGCUACCUCCAACGUUUCACCAUUUGAUAGUGCUUCCUGCAGCACAAGUGCAAGCUUUGCCAACCUUGCCAGCAACCGCACCACGACUAGGCUAGUAAGUUCCGGCUUACAGGUGACGAGCAGCAGCAUGCCCAACGAGGGGAUACUCAAGCCCGGGGCCCCUGAAGCAGUUGGCCCUCACGAACACCCAGUGCUCGGUGCACCUAGGUUGGGCACACCAUCAGGCAAGCGAGAAGUGGAAGGUCUGCCGAUACGUUCGAGCAAGUCGCGAAAGAAAGCAGUCCUUCCUGAAGCUCCCGACCCUCAAAUACAGGAACUGCUCGUCACCUAUGAGAGGCUUACUAUCACAACGCCUAGCGAGCUGUCGGUUGAUGACAGUGUUGGCAGCAAGCAGCCUGCCGAAGCUGCAGGAAGUGCAGACCCACCACAAAAAUCUUCACCAAGCAAGGGGUCUGAUUCCGUUGAGAAUGAAGGCCAUCAAAGAUAUGAAAGUAAUAGAGAGCCUGAAGCAGAGCAUCUUAAAGAGCUCUCAAAUAGCAGUAAUCUUGUUGAUACAAGAGAAUCUGACAUUUUAAAGUCAAGUGCACCAUCAAGCAGAGGUGGAGCAGCUGAUGCCGGUGAUUUGACAAAAGAGGCUCCUAAAGGAGUGCAAAACAGGCCAGAUUCGAUCCUGGAACCUGUACCUGUGCCAAGCUGUCCACUUAGCGAGCCAGGUACGACAGACGCUGACACAUUAUCCAGCCAUUUGAAUACUGCAAGGGAAGGUCUUGGUUUGGCUAGGGAGUUGGAAACUUCAUUGCUGUACCCCAAACAGCGCCAGUGUGAUGUUACAGAUUCUGAUGCCCUCCUUGCAAGCAGCGACAUUCCUCUUUCUGAUGUAACCAUGAUUGAACCAAACAUUGAGCUGGAAGCACCUGAAGAAGUAAAUGUGCGUUUAGCAGCUAGUUGUGACCUUGCAGCUGUAAAUGCUUCGACAAAUGUCAACCUUGAUGCGGGUCAAAACGGACCCAAACCUGUUGAAUCUGUGCAAGAAGACAGCUCUGUUAUUUCUGUCGGCAAAGCAGAGCUUUCUGAACUAACAGCUAAGCCUGGAGUUUCUUACAUGGCUCACACCAAUGCCCCUGCAGAUGAAUUGUUGAGCUCCAACCGCAAUAAGUUGCCGACAACCAGUCAUUCCAGCCCAUUGAGCACAUCUAGUACAGCAAGAAGAGAACCUCUUACUUCACCUAUGGGCAAUUAUUUUGACAGCUCAGGUUCAAGCACCAUUGGUACAGCUGUUGAGCACUGCGGACCUCAUGUGACUAGUCCUAUUGAACAGAGUUCCUCUCAAACAUUGGAUGGCCGCCAGGCUGUUUCGGAAUGCCCAGCUGCCGAUGUCGUGACUGAGUUAAACGCAUCCAUAGAGUCAGGCCAGAAAGCAAGAGAAGACUGCACUGAGAAAGCUACUGAUUCCGUCGGAACGCCAGAACCGGUUUCCAUUCCUUGUGGGCAGAAGGAACAUAAAUUUUCAACAGUCUCAAGUGAUGAUGUUCAAGUAGAGGCGGAAUUGUCAUCUUGUAUUUGUGCUGACAACGAGCAGGCUGCAGCCAGCCAGGAAAGAGCUGUUGACUCUAAUUCAGCUGAGGUUUCAUCUGCUGAUGAUGAUGACUUUCUAUGUCUCAGCCCUGAUGGCGAUGACGAAUGGAUUUUACUUGAUGAGGUCAGGGAUGACUCUGUAGAGCUAUUUCCAUCACCUAAAGGGAGCAUUGCAGCACAAAGCGAUGAAAGCUGUGAUGAUACGGUUGUUGAAAACAUUGCAUCGGCCUCUGAUGUGAACCUUAUUGACAUUGGUGUUUGCAAGAAGGCAACAACUGCGGACGACAUUAAUGAUGUUGGCGGAACAAGCAAGGACGCUGUUGGACACUUAAGUGGUGCAAGUAGUGAAAAGGGCGUUUGCUACGAAGGGUCUUUAGUCGAUUCUGUCGAGAACAGUGGUAAAGAAAGCAGGAGCAAGAAAAGCGUCGCGAGUGUUUUCAGGGAGAGUAGUAUUGGCAACAGCUGUGAGCCCAAUUGUGGAAGCCAUGAUGAAAAUGCGAACAGUAUUGACAGUGUCACCAGUGUCGCUGGUGAUGAGUGCGUUGUAGACGAGAAUGGUGAGAGUUGUCCAGAGGCUGCAAGCAGUAUGGAAAACUUCGAAAUUUCUAAUGAAACCUUAGCAAGUAACAGCUGUGGUGAAAUUUUUCGUAACUUUGACAGUGACAGUAGUAUGAUAGAUGUUGGCAGGGAACAUUUUCUGAACCCUUGUGAUAAUGAUGAAUGUACAGAGAAGAUGGCAAAGGGAGAUUAUGUCGACCUUACUUCUGCAGACUUUGUUCAGGACAUGGGCAGUGAAAAUUGUGUUGGUGACAAUAGAAGCGAAGGUGCAGAAUUCAUUGCCAGUGAAAACUUUAUCGAAGACAUUGGCGCUGAAGAAAGCAUGGAGGUGUUUAGCGGGACUGACUGUGAGUCAAAGCAGCACAAAAAAGAAGCUGUAAUCGACGAAAUCAGCAGUGAUUCACGGCAGCAUGAGGACACUUGUGCCAUAGUGGCUGUUUCAAAAUCUGUUCAAGUGGUGGUUGAAAGACUGGAUGAUAUUGACCCACGCAGUGCCAUUGGAAUGUUGUAUUGUAAGGCAAAGAACGCUUUAAAGUAUAGUAGGGCUCCUUGCAAAGUAGCCGAAAUUGCCGAAAAUAAGCACAAGGGGAAGCCUGACAAUUCACAAGCCAGGCAGGCUGGCACAGAAAAGAGAAGCAGAACUGUUGGCCGAUCUACAGCAAGGAAGUUGCCAGUCUCUCAUCGGCAGACAUUGGGACUUUCCAAGUCUCUGCACAAAGACGUUAGAGCACCUAGUAGCCAAACGGCACCGAAAUAUUUGCAAGUCCUAGACCAAAGCCCACGGGAGCAGGACAGCAGUGUUCAGCUUGUUUCGGCAGAGAAGGCACCUACUUCCAACCAAAAGACCUUUAAGUCUUCCAAAACGUCUCACAAAGGCCUCUUGGCUUCUGGAAACCAACUUUCUUUGGGUGAUUCACAGGCUGAACGUGCAAAAGCUGAAGAACAGGAUGGUAAUGCGGCACCUUUUUCAGGAGAUAAGCCUUCUUCUGUUAAGCAGGCAUCAAAAUCCUCUAAGUCCUUGCACAAAGAUCACAGGAACGCUCGCAGCCAACAUUUUGUGAAAUCAGCUGAUGAAUCGAAGGCUAAGCCUACUGGUCCAAAAAAGAAAGAUGGAAGUGGUAACCGUCUCUCUGUGAAUAAGUCGUUCAGUAGCCACCAAAUUGCCUCGAAGUCUUUUAGCCAGGAUGUCAAGUUUGCUAAGAACAAGGACAGUGAUACCACUAUCAGAAAACCAGAAGCACUGCGUCCUUUCGUAAAAAAGCGAAAGGUAGGUGUUGUCAACUCUUCAUUGGAGAGAUCCGUGAGCCGUGAUCAAGAGGCUUUGAAAUCGUCCAAGACUUCCCACCGGGCUUUCAACGUUGCCAAGAAAAAGGACAGUGCUGCCAGUGCAAGCAAAGCAGAUGCACAGCAGCCAAAUAAAGAGAAGCUGGCAGACAUUGUUGACAGUUCUUCAGUGGGUGAGUCACCUUCCGAUGACCAGAAGGCUUCAAAGCCUUCCAAAACUUCUCACAGGAUUUUUAAAGUUACAAGGAAGAAAGAAAGUGUGGCCAGUCUUGGUAAAGCACAAGCACAGCAGCUGAAUACUGAAAAGCAAAGUGACAGUGUUGACCAUUCUUCAGUGCAAGAGUUGCCAUGCCAUGAUCAGGCGGCCACAAAAUCCUCCAAGACUUCCCACCAGGCUUUCAAGGUUACCAAGAAUAAAGAGAAUGCUGCCAGUGCUAGCAAAGCAGAAGCACAGCGGCCGGGUAUAGAUAAGCAAAAUGACACUGUUGACUCUUCAGUGGGUGAGUUGCCAUCCCAUGACCAGGAGGCUUCAAUAUCUUGCAAAACUUCCAACCAGGCUUUGAAGGUUGCAAAGAAUAAGGACAGUGUGACCACUCUUGGCAAAACACGAGCACAGCAGCUGAGUACAGAAAAGCAAGGGGACAAUGCUGACCGUUCUUCAGUGAUACAGUUGCCAUGCCAUGACCAGGCGGCCUCGAAAUCCUCCAAGACUUCCCACCAGGCUUUCAAGGUUACGAAGGGUAAAGACAAUGCUGCGAGUGCUAGCAAAGCAGAAGCACAGUGGCCGGGUAUAGAUAAGCAAAGGGACACUGUUGACUCUUCAGUGGGUGAGUUGCCAUCCCAUGACCAGGAGGCUUCAAUAUCUUGCAAAACUUCCAACCAGGCUUUGAAGGUUGCAAAGAAUAAGGACAGUGUGACCACUCUUGGCAAAACACGAGCACAGCAGCUGAGUACAGAAAAUCAAGGGGACAAUGCUGACCGUUCUUCAGUGAUACAGUUGCCAUGCCAUGACCAGGCGGCCUCGAAAUCCUCCAAGACUUCCCACCAGGCUUUCAAGGUUACGAAGGGUAAAGACAAUGCUGCGAGUGCUAGCAAAGCAGAAGCACAGUGGCCGGGUAUAGAUAAGCAAAGGGACACUGUUGACUCUUCAGUGGGUGAGUUGCCAUCCCAUGACCAGGAGGCUCCAAUAUCUUGCAAAACUUCCAACCAGGCUUUGAAGGUUGCAAAGAAUAAGGAAAGCGUGGCCACUCUUGGUAAAGCACAAGCACAGCAGCCGAGUACUGAAAAGCAAGGGGAGAGUGCUGACCGUUUUUCAGUGCUACAGUUGCCAUGCCAUGACCAGGCAACCUCAAAAUCCUCCGAAACUUCCCACCGGGCUUUCAAGGUUACCAAAAAUAAGGGCAGUGCUGCCAAUACUAGCAAAGCAGAAGCACAGCAGCCGGGCAUAAGUAAGCAAAGGGGCAUUGCUGACUUUUCUUCAGUGGGCGAGUCACCAUCCCAUAUUAUGGAGGCGUCAAAGUCCUUCGGAACUUCCCACCAGGCUUUGAAGGCUGCAAAGAAUAAGGACAGUGUGGCUACUCUUGGUAAAACACAAGCACGGCAGCCAAGUUUUGAAAAGCAAGGGGACAGUGCUGACCAUUCUUCAGCGCAAGAGUUGCCAUGCCCUGACCAGGCGGCUUUAAGAUCCUCCAAGACUUCCCAGCGCGCUUUCAAGGUUAUUAAGAAUAAGGGCAGUGCUGCCAGCGCUAGCAAAGCAGAAGCACAACAGCCAAAGCUAGAGGACACUGUUGACUGUUCUUCGGUGGUUGAGUUACCAUCCCAUGAGCAGAAGGCUUUAAAGCCUUUCAAAACUACCCACAGGGCUUUUAAGGUUACAAAGAAUAAGGACAGUGCGACCAGUCCUUGUAAAGCACAAGCACAACAGCUCAGUAUCGAAAGGCAAGGGGACAGUGCUGACCAUUCUUCAGUGCUAGAGUUGCCAUGCCAUGACCAAGUGUCUCCAAAAUUCUCCAAGAUUUCUUGCCAUGAUGUCAAUGUUGACAAGACCAAGGACAGUUCUGCCAGUCCCAAGAAAGCAGAAGCAGAACAAGCAGUCAUGGAAAAGCAAGUGGAUAGUGUUGAUCCGCUUUUGUUUGAUAAGUCACAGAGCCAUGACCAGGAGUCUUUUAAAUCUUCGAAAACUUUCUGCCAAGAUUUCGAGGUUGCCGAGAACAAGGGAAGUCAUACCAGCCCUAAUAAAACAGAGGCACAUCAAAAAGUCACAGAAAAGCAAGGAGACAAUGCCGACCCAUUUUUAUUGGAAAAGUCUUCAAGCCUUGACCAGCAGGUCUCAAGGUCUUCCGGCCAUUUAAACAAGGAUAUUCCAACCUGUGGCAAUGAGGUACCGGUGUGUGUAAACGGUGAGCCAAGGCCUGAUAACUUGGAGAACGAGAAAGUAGGAGGUCAUGUGGAACAACAAGAUGAAUGUGUUGAGCCUCUUCAGAUUGCGAAGUCGGAGACAUUGCCUACAACUGACAUGGGCAAGGUGCCUGGUCUGCUAGACCAAGUUCUUGAUCUAGGCGAGCUUCCCGAUGCCAUCAAGUGUCUUCUGGACUCCGAGGUUCCGCUCCCCGAAUUGGAUGCCGACUGUUUCAGCUUACCACCCGACUCUACCCGGUGGCUUUCCGAAGACGGCAUGGUGGAAAAGCGGAAACCCGAUGAGCGCCCGCAAAACAGCAAGGAGGAUUCAGCAUCAUUCUGCCCUUCGAGCGACAUUGAGCUUGGAGAGUUCAAGGCUUGCUCACUCACGAAUGAGGGCCUCGUUGCUCUUGUACCAGCCGUGCCCCCUCCCACCUGUGGCCCGCAUUUCAACAGCCCGAGUACUCCUCGUGUUCGCAAGAAGUGCCUGAGGGGUUUGGCCCACUGGCAGAAGACCAAGCUGGAAGCAUUUGCGCGUGACUCGUGCUUUGAGGUGGAUUUUGAACACAAUCCUGAACUGCGCAUUGCCUUCUGUCGUGACCGCAGUGUCGUGCUGACGCCCGCUCGAUCUGCACCGACAGUCUCUUUGCUGGCACCAACCCUGCAGCUGCCACCGCCCAGCCCCGACGACGAUGUGGCGAGCGUCCGUGAGCUGCCGGCAUCAGACGCAUCGACUGACCCUGCCAUGCUUUUGGUGUCCCCACCAAGCACGCCCCCACGACUCGAGACAAGCACGUCGCAACUGGAUGGACCAACGUGCCGCUUUGCCCUCAGUGGAGCCAGGUUACCGGCAGACACGGAGCGAGUGCUGACAGUGCUAAGCCUGGAGGUGCACGUGCGAACACGGAGCGACCUCCGUCCCGAUCCCGAUUACGACCCCGUGCAGUGUGUGCUCUGGUGCGCUCGUGGCUACGGUGUGGAUGCACCGCUCGAGGCGGGUGCGAUGCACUGGUGCUCUGUCGGAGAUCCGCGGCAAGUGGACAUGGAAGACCUUGUAGGAGCCUCUCUGUACCGCACGGGUGUGGCUACAACUUCACUGCGCACCCAGGUUGUGCGCUCCGAGCUGGAUCUUCUCCAUGCUGUGGUUGAGCUGGUGCACAGAUGGGACCCAGACGUGCUGCUGGGGUAUGAUGUAGAACGAGCGUCCUGGGGUUACCUGUGCGAUCGAGCCGAGCGCUUGGAUCUGGACCUGUAUGCGCGGCUUUCACGGGCACCGCCGCCACCGGGCCGCAAGGAUAUCUUGGGACGCAUCCUGCUGUGCGCCUGGCGGAUCCUGCGCAAGGAGGUAGCGCUAAACAUCUACACCUUUGAGAACACCUACUUCCAUGUGAUGCAUCGGCGAGUGCCCCUCUACUCGUUCCGCCUGCUUUCGGAGUGGUUCAGCAAGGACCUGUUCAGGUGGCGUACUGUGGAGCACUACGCGCUUCGUGCGCGCGGCAACCUGGAGCUGCUCGACGAGCUGAAUGUGUUUGGCAAGACGAGCCAGAUGGCGCGCAUCUUUGGCAUUCAGUUCUACGAGGUGCUAAGUCGCGGGUCGCAGUUCCGGGUGGAGUCCAUGCUCUUGCGGCUGGCACGCAGCCAUCGAAUGGUGGCACUGAGUGCAUCCACGGCCCAGCGCGCUCGCCAGAGGGCGCCUGAGUUCAUUCCUCUGGUGCUGGAGCCUCGUGCACAGCUCUACACGGACCCUGUUGUGGUGCUGGACUUCCAGUCUCUCUACCCGUCAGUCAUCAUCAGCCACAACUACUGCUUCUCCACCUGCCUGGGACGAGUCGAGAAUCUCGGCAGUUCGGCACCUUUCGGCUGUUCUUCGCUUGAGGUGCCCCUGCAAUAUGUGAAGAGCUUGCGUGACCACAUUACGGUGUCUCCAGCUGGAGUGGCAUUUGUGAAGCCAUCCAUCCGCAGAGGCCUGCUGCCACAGAUGCUGGACGAAGUGCUCGGCACACGAAUCAUGGUCAAAAAGGCCAUGUCCCAGUGUGCAAACAAGGGCCUUUACAGAGUGCUGGACGCACAGCAGCUGAGCCUCAAGCUGAUUGCCAACGUGACAUACGGCUACACGGCUGCUGGCUUCUCGGGGCGCAUGCCCUGCGUGGAGGUGGCGGACAGCGUGGUGAGCAAAGGCCGUGAAGCCCUGGAGCAAGCCAUCCGCACGGCUGAGGCUACUGUACCAGGCGCAAGGGUCGUGUACGGCGAUACAGACAGCCUGUUUGUACUGCUGGAGGGCCGGUCCCGAGAGGAGGCCUUCCGCUUGGGCCAGGAGAUUGCCGACCGAGUGACAGCACAAAAUCCACGCCCAAUGCGCCUGAAGCUUGAAAAGGUGUACCAGCCGUGCGUACUACAGACCAAGAAGCGCUACGUGGGCUUCUCCUAUGAGAGCCCCGACCAACAGGAACCAAAGUAUGAUGCCAAGGGCAUCGAGACUGUGCGGCGCGACACAUGCCCUGCUGUUGCUAAGCUCCUGGAGAAGAUGCUGCGUGUGCUAUUCACGUCAAGGGACAUGGUGCCAGUCAAGCGCUUUGUCAAGCUGCAAUUCUCCAAGAUUCUUGCCGAGCGGGUCAGCCCCCAGGACUUCAUCUUUGCCCGCGAGUUUCGUGGUCUACAUGGAUACCAACCCAGUGCAUGUGUUCCUGCCCUUGAAAUCGCCAGGCGCCAGCUGCGGCGUGAUCCUCGUGCUGAGCCACUCGUCGGAGAACGGGUCCCCUAUGUGGUGGUUUACGGGCACCCAGGCCAGCGUUUGAUUGAGCUUGUGCGGUCACCUUUAGACCUGCUGUCUGGUCAGCUACGCAUCAAUGCCCACUACUAUGUGGCACGUGUAAUUGGUCCUGCACUCAACCGUGUUCUUCGCCUGCUUGGUGCCGAUUGCCUUCAGUGGUACGAGGAGCUUCCAAGGCCUCGCUUUGUGUCUACCCCGCGUCCAGGUACUAUGGCCGCCUACGUGGUGGUGAACCAGCUGUGCCUGGCAUGCGGUGGACAGGCGGAGUCGCGACAGCUGUGCGCCUCUUGCGAAGCAGACCCUGCCUAUGCAGCGCUCAUCCUCGGCGGCAAGGUGCAGCGUGUCCAGAAGGCACUGCUUGAGCUGCAGACCGUGUGCCACAGUUGCAUGGGCUUUCAGGCCGGCAGUGUCUGCUUGUCAGUCGACUGUCCCGUCCUCUUCAAGACAUCGCGCGUCACAACAGAGGCGCAACAAGCCCUCGAGUGGAACCGAGCCAGAAACGAUGUCCCUGCCUCGUCGUCCUAGUCGUGCUGGCCUCUUCUAGCGAACCCUGCCUUUCUAUACGUAUGCACCAUAGUUUGGCAGCUGUUCUGAUCUUUCUCACGCACAGUAUUUACAUCUCUGAGAACAUGACUCGACGUGACAUAGACGUGUGGUGCCGUAGCUGUGAGCUGCACAUGCAACAUGCAUGACAUUGGUGUCCUCGAUAGAUACGCUGGAAACUCCGCUUUGUUGUGACAGACAAUCCAGCGUUAAGAAGGCCAGUGAUUUAUUAAUAGGCUGUUUGUUUUUUUAGCGAGAAUUUUCGCCAGUACAACUGUGUUCAUGACAAGUUCACCUCUUCAAGCAUGAGUGCUCCAAGCAUGGCCAUGUUUUGCUCAGGUGAAUUUGAACAAAGCGGACAGUGCCGCUAUUCGCACAAGUGGUUCAUUGUCAGAGUUAGUCAUUGCCGACGGAUGGACCAGAGGAACUGCACAACUGGAUGAGCUUUGUGAUCGUGCAAUUUUCUUUAACACGCUGCAGUUCAUUUUCAAGAAGCUGUGUGAUCAUGAAGACUUUUUUUUUGUUCAUGUGUGCUGCUGCUUUUCCCGUUUUUCUUUGGCCAAGCAGGCCAAGUUCACAGGCCCACACAUCUGCUUGGAAUUGGUGCUGCAAUAAGCACCUGAUUCACGCUCCAUAUUUAUAUUCUGUGAUCCAGGUGGAGGGAGAUGAUCAGUAGUCAUGGUGGCAGGUAGCCACGUCAACAUCUGCAAGGUAUGCAGCAUAGUCAGUCACAUUUAUGUUCGUUUGUGUGCUGUGCGUUUAUUUCUGUUUGAAACUGUGCAUGUGGAGUGCUUUGGGUGAGUGGCGGGUGUCUGGGUUGUGUGACCUUUCUUAUACCAUACGUGAUGAGCCAAGCAGCUCCUCUCGUGUCUGUGUCUGCAUUUCUGUACAUAUAAUGGCUUUCAACUGUCUCAUUGUGUUCGAUUAAAAUGAAGAAAAAUCUAUUUCACAAAUUGAAA